AACUUCCGCUCUUCGGCAGAGGUGUUUGUGUUCUUUUGAGUCAAAGUUCAGCAUGGAUCUCCCCUAAUGCGUGUUAUUGUGGAAACGUUACGAUAUUUUCCAGCUUGUAAAUUAUUAGCAGACGGUUUAUCAACAUAACAUGCGUGAAUCACACCCGGGAGUAUGUGUGGCAUUGAAGUGAAAAUGCAUCAAACCGUGAACUGAUAAGGUAGAACAUGGAUAUAGGAUAACGGACAUACUUCAACUACUUUGACGCUGGAUUAAACAAAAAGACAGGAUGAAGUUUGCAGAGCAUUUGGGGGCUCACAUCACCCCAGAAUGGCGGAAGCAGUAUAUUCAGUAUGAAGCCAUGAAGGAGAUGCUGUAUGAAGCUCAGGAACAAGCUCCGUCACUGGAAGUUGUGGAUCAGAGUACUAUCCAGAGGUACUUUGCCCGGUUUGAUGAGAAGUUCUUCCAGUUUUGUGACAAGGAACUUGCCAAGAUCAACACCUUCUUCUUGGAGAAGCUCUCUGAGGCCAACAGGAAGUAUGCCAACCUGAAGUCAGAGCUACAAGCAUACAUGGAGCAUGAGUUGAAAACAUCUGGAAGCAGCAGUCUACGCAGACGGAGGCCAAGUAUUUAUGCUCGCUUUAAGGAUAAGGAGAGCGCAGGUAUGACGCACAUGAGGAAACUUCACGACUUGAAGCUGGCGUUCAGUGAGUUCUACCUGAGUCUCAUUCUCCUGCAGAACUACCAGACUCUCAACUUCACUGGCUUCAGGAAGAUCCUCAAGAAACAUGACAAGCUGAUGCAGACGAGCCGUGGUGUGGAGUGGAGACAAACCCAUGUGGAGUCAGCACCAUUCUACACCAACAAGGAGGUGGACCAUCUCAUCAAGGACACAGAGCAAAGUGUGACGAGUGAGCUGGAAGGGGGAAACAGACAGAAGGCCAUGAAGAGAUUGAGAGUACCACCCCUUGGGGACCAGCAAAAUCCAUGGACCAACUUCAAAGUGGGAUUGUUUCUUGGCAUGUUUUCAAUCCUCGUCAUCGUCCUCAUCAUCGCAGCUGUGUUCACGAACCAUCACGCGGACUGGGAGCCAGCUCUCCGCAUGUACCGCGGGAUGUUUCUCCUCAUCUUCAUCCUCUUUCUCCUGGGGGUCAACACGUACGGCUGGAGGUCAUCAGGGGUCAACCAUGUGCUCAUCUUCGAGAUCGACCCACGCCAUCAUCUGACACAUGCUCAGUUGCUAGAGCUGGCAUCGUUCCUGGCUGUGGUGUGGGCGUUGAGUGUGCUGUGCUACCUGUUCAGCCCCACCGUCUCCAUCCCGUCGAUGGUGUUCCCGCUGUCCAUGGCGGGGAUGUUGAUGCUGUUCCUCAUCAACCCCUUCAAGAUAUUCUACUACCGAGCCCGUAUGUGGCUCCUCAGGGUGCUGUUCCGUAUCUUCACUGCUCCAUUCCACCACGUGGGCUUCGCUGACUUUUGGCUGGCUGACCAGCUCAACAGCCUGGCCACUGUGCUGCUGGACUUCGAAUACCUCAUCUGCUACUUCGCCUUCGAGGUCGAGUGGCUUGGCAGUGAUACCGAGAAGGUGUGCACCAAGAGUAUCUAUGGUAUCCGAGCAGUGGUUGGCUGCCUUCCUGCCUGGUUCGAUUUGCUCAGUGCCUUCGGGCGCUACCGCGACACCAAGCUCCUGUUCCCCACUGGUCAACGCUGGAAGUACUCGACAACCUUCUUCGUCAUGCUCUUCUCCACACUGUACAAAAUACAUAAAGAGGAGUAUGGUGAGGAGUAUCGGCAGAACAGCGUGUUCUUCUACCUGUGGCUGGUGGCAGCAGUGGCCAGCUCCUGUUACACCUACACCUGGGACAUCAAGAUGGACUGGGGAUUGUUCGACAAAACUGCUGGUGAAAACAGAUUUCUCAGGGAGGAAAUUGUCUAUGCUUUUAAGGCUUACUACUACUUUGCAAUCGUGGAAGAUUUCAUUCUUCGAUUCACGUGGUCACUGUCUGUGUCUAUAGGAGAGGGUCUCAUUGUACACAACGAAAUACUUAAAACAAUCCUUGCGUUGUUGGAGGUUUUCAGGCGGUUUGUGUGGAAUUUCUUCCGUCUGGAGAACGAGCAUCUCAACAAUUGUGGUCAGUUCCGAGCGGUUAGAGACAUCUCGAUCGGACCAAUCGACUCAAGCAAUGAGACACAGAUCGUGGAGAUGAUGGAUGAGCUCUACGGUGCCGACUCUAGGCGGUAUGAGAAACGAGGAAAACUUCUUGCCAACAGAUCCAAGAAAGACACUCGACUGUGGGUUGACGAGGAUGAGGAGAGGACCCCGCUCAUGCCCAAGAUGAAGGGGUUGUGAUCUACUCAGGUGAAACAUAUCUUGAUGUCAGACAUGCUGGUUGAAGAACACAGGUGACAGUGACAGCAUUGCCUGUCCCAACACAGCGGAAGUAAUGACAGAAGAGGAUAUUAGUCGAUGUAGACUGUGAUGACAAAAAUGACUGCGACGGUUUUUGUCCUGUACAAUUCAGAUCAUGAAAGUUAAAAUUUUUGUUGUUUAUACAUGAGUAGAUUAGACACGUACCAUGUCCAGAUGUUUUACAAUCACCUCAACAAUUUGAUGUGGGUUAUAUUGUUUCAUAUUUGUGUGUCUCUCUCAAGAUAAUGAGAAUCUGAAAAUUGCAUCAAUUUUUCUUUACCAUGCAGCUGUAUGUGAGGAGCGUUUUAGUUCCUACCAGCGUCUCAAAUGUCUCUAAUAAUACGUCCCCCAUUAUUUCAUCAAGACCACAAAAGACACUGCUCACCCACAUAAAAUUACUUGUUUUCUGGUCGCAUUUGACAGAAGGACCAAAAAGUAGUUUGAGAGGUGGAGGUUUAAGUUUCAAUACAUCUUGUCUCGAUAUCUGACCACCCUUUCUUAUAGAGGGAAGAUUCUCAGGCCAAAUACCAAUCCCAGAAAGUUUGAUUUUAAGUCCUUCAAUUUGUACUCUCUAAUGUUGGUUAACUCUUUUAUUGUGAUGUGUCUUUUUGUAUCAGUUAAUUACUACCUAGAUAAAACAGGGAAGAUAACACAAGGAAGAUAACACAGGGAGUGAAGAUAACACAAGUAAGAUAACACAGGGAGUGAAGAUAACACAAGUAAGAUAACACAGGGAGUGAAGAUAACACAAGUAAGAUAACACAGGGAGCGAAGAUAACACAGGGAGUGAAGAUAACACAAGUAAGAUAACACAGGGAGCGAAGAUAACACAGGGAGUGAGGAUAACACAGGGAGCGAAGAUAACACAGGGAGUGAAGAUAACACAAGUAAGAUAACACAGGGAGCGAAGAUAACACAGGGAGUGAAGAUAACACAAGUAAGUUAACACAGGGAGCGAAGAUAACACAGGGAGUGAAGAUAACACAAGUAAGAUAACACAGGGAGUGAAGAUAACACAAGUAAGAUAACACAGGGAGUGAAGAUAACACAAGUAAGAUAACACAGGGAGCGAAGAUAACACAAGUAAGAUAACACAGGGAGUGAAGAUAACACAA